AGGACCUCAGCAACGAUGGCCUCCUGCCCAGAUUCAGACAAUAGCUGGGUGCUUGCUGGCUCAGAGAGCCUGCCUGUGGAGACCCUGGGCCCAGAAUCCACGAUGGACCCCAAACCUCAGAGAGCUCUUCAGGGCCCUGGGAGCCCUGCCAAAACAGAUGAAGAAUUGGCUGGGACCUUGGAUGGAGAAGAGAUCCUUUUCCAGAGUGAAACCUCCCAGUCUGGUCCCAUUCUGCCAGAGGAGACUGAGGCCAAGGGUGUCCUGGAAGGUGAUGGUCCUGGACUGGAGCUCCCUGACUCAGGAGACAUCGUGGCCCAGGGAGACUUGGAGGAGGCCCCUGUGGUGGCAGACCUGGGACCAGACACACAGGACCUGGAGGAUCAGAGCCUCCAGCAGAGCCUGCCCUCAUCCACCAAAGCAGCUUGGAUCAGGGAGGCUGCCCUCUGCACCAGCAGUGAGGAUGACACCGAUGUGGAUGUGGAGGGUCUGCGGAGACGACGGGGCUGGGAGCCCAGCACUCCUCAGCCUACCGUGCCCCUGGGCGCAGAGGACCAGGCCGGGGGUGAGGGUGUAAGCGGGGAGCUGGGCAUUUCCCUCAACAUGUGCCUCCUCGGGGCCCUGGUUCUGCUGGGCCUGGGGAUCCUCCUCUUCUCUGGUGGCCUCUCAGAGUCUGAGAGUGAGCCCAUGGAGGAAGUGGAACUGCAGGUCUUUCCAGAUGCUACCCUGGACAGUAAAAUGGCGGAUGCUGUGGGGGAUGGGCGGGAUGGGCUAAGGCAGCAGCUGCAGGCCUCAGCGCCCCCUGACAGUGUCCCCAGCCUGCAGAGCAUGGCUCUUCUGCUGGACAAGCUGGACAAGGAGAACCAGGAUAUCCGGCUGCUGCAGGCCCAGAAGGAAGACCUUCAGAGCCUGAUGCACCAGCCCAAAGGUCUAGAAGAGGAGAAUGCCCAGCUCCGAGGAGCCCUGCAGCACGGCCAGGCCUCCCAGAAGGCCCUAGAGUUAGAGCUGCAGCAGCUGCGGGCCCGUCUCCAGGGGCUGGAGGCUGACUGUAUCCGGGGAACAGAUGGGGUGUGCCUCAGCUGGGGCAGAGGCCCACAGGAUGGCAAGGUCUCUAAGGAGCAAGGUCCUCAGGGGCAGGAGCCAGGCACUGGCCUCCUAAAGCAGAGGGAACAGCUAGAGGCUGAGGCCCAAGCACUAAGGCAAGAGUUGGAGAGGCAGCAGUGGUUGCUGGGGUCUGUGCAGAGGGACCUGGAGCAGAGCUUGAGGAAUGCAGGCCAAGGUGACCCAGCUCACAGGGGCCUUGCUGAGCUGGGCCACAGGCUGGCUCAGAAGCUGUAGGGCUGGGGGAACUGGGGCCAGCACCCUGGGGGCCCUGCCAAUGCCUCAGAAGCCUUGAGUCAGGAGCCCCACUUGCAGAGUUCUAGAGAGUGGAGUGGAAAGGAAAAGUGGCAAGAUAGGCAUGGGGACCGGAAGGCUGAGCACUGGAAGCAUAAAAAGGAGAAAGCUGGCUGGGAAAGGAAGAAGAGCUGGGGGGAUAAGGAGGACAGGGAGCUGGCAGGGAAGUGGAAGGAGGGCAAGCCGAAGGUGGAGGAGAGGGGCAAGAAGGAUGGUAAGCGACAGGGCCCCAAGGAGCCCCCCAGGAAAAGUGGAAGCCCCCACUCCUCUGGGGAAAGGCACAAACACCCUCAGUGGAAGGAAGGGGCUAAAGACAGACAUGAACCCCUGCCAUUCUGGGCAGAGCUAUCAAGGCACAAGUACCGGACACCCCAGGGCUGCUCGAGUGUGCACAAGUGUGCCCAACAGGAGGGCCUGGCCUUCUUUGGCAUGGAGCUGGCCCCAGUGCAGCAACAGGAGCUGGCCUCUCUGCUGAGGACAUAUCUGGCACGGCUGCCCUGGGCUGGGCAGCUGACCAAGGAGCUACCCCUCUCACCUGCUUACUUUGGUGAGGAUGGCAUUUUCCGCCACGACCGCCUCCGCUGUCGGGAUUUUGUGGAUGCCUGAGACAGCCUGGAGGAGGUGGCGGUGAGACAGACAGGUGAUGACGACGAGGUGGAUGACUUUGAGGACUUCAUCUUCAGCCACUUCUUUGGAGACAAAGCACUGAGGAAGAGGUCCGGGAAGAAAGACAAACACUUUGGGAGCCCCCGAGUUGUGGGGCCAAGGGAGGAGCACAGUCACCACCGCAGAGGCUGA